AUGCGUCAUUGCUCCUGCAUCCACUCCAGCAGCAACUUCUGCACGAUCCAGACAGCCCGCGCCAACCCUCCCCACCUGGGAAUGCCGCAGUUGUCGGCCGAGGAGCUCAGGGCUGCCGAGGCUGAGGCUUCUUACACCGUCCAGCAGGUUGUUGUAACGGCUGUUGCGCUGUAUCUCUCCCCCUUCGCCGUCGACGCCGUUUGGAAGUUCUUUUAA